AAUAUGGACGAGACUCCUGAUUUAUCAGACAACUCAGUUGAAUCCUCGUCAUCAUCAAAAUCUGGAUUAAAUAUACCCAACCAAACAAUUAUACUAGAGCUGCAUGACAUAAAAAAAGAUAUGCCGGCGGCUGAAAAUGCAACACCAGAAGUAAAAUCCAAAAAGAAGCGACGUGGUCGUGUAGCUGUCGAGAACAAAACUGAUCCAACUAAAGUAUCACCUUCAGAGUUAGUACCAACAGUCACGGACUCCGCUGGUAAAGAAGAGUUUUUUGAUGCAGAUGGAAGUAGCCAAGACUUAUCAGCAAUACCUGCGGCAGCACUCGUGCUAGCCCUACAACAAUCGGAACACAAUCAAGAAUUGAAGUUGGAUCCUGCAACUCGAACACAGGCUACUCGAGAAAAUUCAAAUGCUAUAACAAAAACGCCUAAAUGACAAAUCUAGAAGAAGUUUCAAGAUUUGCGAUCGACAAAGUGGUUGCAAGUUAGCUAAAAAGACCUACAAAGAAAAAAGAAAAUGUAUUUUAAAAAAUGAAAGCGCUCCGGUUUGGGACCGCAUUCCUACAGAACUUCUUAAAUUAGCAUGUAAUAUAUUUAAUUAUACAUGUAAUAGCACCAAUAAUAAGUCACUCAGAUAAUUUAUGUUUAAUUAAUAGGCUAGUUCACCCCCAAUAGUCACCCUAAGUUGCUGGGAUGGUUCGAAUCACUA